AUGUCCAAUUGCAUUUUGUCUAACUAUAUAUAUGAGGAGUUGGCUAACGAUGCGUUAGAGUCUACCUUGGGGAUUGCACCUUCGGGCCUGGAGUUCUGCUUCGAUAGGCGAGGAUUCCUAAACGAUGAUUUCGACGAAGAUGCCUUUAUACUGGAUCGCCUCAAGAUGGGUAUCUCUCUCCAAAACCUUCACGACAGCCUUCUGCAGUACUUCAACAUUUUGAAGAAUAGUCUCGUUGAGCUGAUAAAUCGUGACUGUGCUGACUUUGUCAGCCUCUCUACCAACCUUGUUGGACUGGACAAAAUCAUUAAAAGCCUUGAGGACCCACUGAUGGCCACGAGAGAACGCGUCUCUAACGUUCUUUCAGAGAUCCAAGAAACGAGAAAGGAGUUUGAAUUCAGCUUGGAAGAACGGAAGAGACUGCGUGAAAAAAAGGAGUUGAUCAACAGCCUCAUUACCGUGGCAACCUGCACCAGUCGAUUGGAGCGUUGGCUCUCCCCCACAAUUCAAUCUGGCGAGGACUUCCACCUCCUAACUACUGGUGACUCUUCCCCCGCAGACAAGACAUUUCACGAGGAACAACAAAUUGAUCGUGUGGCACAGGAAUAUACAAAACUGCAACACUUUGUGAAAAAGUGUGUCAACCAUCCCUUCGUGGAAGAUCUUAAGCCGAGGAUCCACCUGAUAACAACCAGCCUACAGGACCAGCUGGAGGGUCGCCUUCGCUGCGGUCUCAAUCUCUGUCACGAAGCACAAUCUAGCGGUCAGUUACACCCAAAAACCUCUAAGAAGGCCUCCUUAGUGCUGCGGCAGAUCCUUUCCACCUACGUCUCUAUUGAUAAGCUAACCAAUGCUAUCGACCUCUACCGCAAACACUGUCUCCACUCUCAGCUCUCCAAGAUAUUCUUACCCUGUCCGGAACUGUCGGCUAGCGGCGCUGACGCAGAUGCUGCGGCCUCGACCCUGCGGCGAAUGUUUGCUGAGGCCGUCGCCCUCCUAGACAAAGAGCUUUCUCUUUUUCAAACUCUCGUCUUCAAGCGACUACACAAGAGCUACGAACCGUUGAGUGACUUCGACGUGAUUAUGGACGGCUUUUUCCCAGAAACUGUGGAUGUCCUCUUUAACCAACUUCCUGAUAUUUUCUCCGCUGGCAAUCCGGACAAGUUUCAUAAAUUGUACAAGAUCGGUAUGGAGUUUUUGGACCUCGUGGAAGACCGAGCCGAAUCCACUAAGCAGGUGGUGAAACUGAGGGAGAAGGCUGUCUACACAUCCUUCCUCAACAAAUGGAGCCUCAGUGUUUACUUCCAACUCCGGUAUCAAGAAUGCAACGAAAUUAUUUCUGACUGUUCAAAAGAUGUUUUCAAGGAGGCUAAAACAGGGCCACCAGGCUAUGCACUAGCCGUGACAGCGACUGUGAUGCGGCAGAUGAGGCGUUGUUGGUCCGAGGAUGUCUACUUGGACUCCCUACGACACCGAUUUUGGAAACUUACUCUUCAACUCAUCAAUGCUUAUAGUUACCUCAUUGGUGAAAAAGCUCUCAACCAGACCAUCAACUCCCCCGAAAAAGCAGGAAUCUCGGGCAUAGAGCCACUGCUGCUGGUCUUUUUCGAUGGCAGUUUCUUUUUGAAGUGGAUUGACGAGGGUAACUUGGUGAACUUGAUCCUGUCGGCAAUGGACCUUCGGCAAGCCAAUCCUCUGCCCGAUUGGCUGGAGCAGUGCAUUAAAGACUCCUCCGAACGUAUCAAUUCUGCAUUGAUCGCUAUUAAGUCGGAAAUUUGCCGUGUGUUCGAGGAAAAAAUGCAAGCUCUGAUCAAGCAGAUACAGGAUCUGCCGCGGCAGUAUCGUCGCACAAAUCGGAAUUGGCCUUCUACACCCUCUGCAUUUAUGCCGAGGAUUUUGAAGCAACUCACUGAUCUCGCCCAAGUUCUGCAGUCUGGCAUCCUCAGUAAACCUCAGGUCGAACCUUUGCCUUUUCUGCGCUCCCAAGUCGUCGAGCUCUUUGAACGAAUCCUGAUGACAUCAGUGCGAAAGAUUGAGGACAGUCUGAGGCGUCUACGAGUGGCACGUGCAGUCGGCGGGACGCAGCAGGCGGGAGGCGCUGGCAAAACUGACGACGACAAGAUUCGCCAUCAGGUGCACCUUGACACCCUGGAGUACAUUUCUCAGUUGAAAUCACUUCCACUUCUCUCGGAGGAGGGACUGCAAUCAAAUCUCGACGUGCUCGCAACCAGUGAGAAUCCAGAAAUGGUCUCCUCGAGUGUAUCUUAA